UUUCAUCGCAAGUUCAGUAUUCACAACUUUGUCUGGUCUUUUUCCCGAUUUGAAACUAAAAUCUGCAAUGGCACCAAAAGCUGAGAAGAAACCAGCGGAGAAAAAGCCAGCCGAGAAGGCCCAAGCUGAGAAGAAGCCAAAAGCCGAGAAGAAGCUGCCCAAAGAAGCCGGCGACAAGAAGAAGAAGAAAGCCAAGAAGAGCGUCGAAACCUACAAGAUUUACAUCUUCAAGGUCCUAAAGCAGGUCCACCCCGAUAUUGGUAUUUCCAGUAAGGCAAUGGGUAUCAUGAACAGCUUCAUCAACGACAUUUUUGAGAAGCUUGCUCAGGAAUCUUCGAAGCUCGCUCGUUACAACAAGAAGCCCACCAUCACAUCCCGUGAGAUUCAGACCGCCGUCAGAUUGGUUUUGCCUGGGGAGUUGGCCAAGCACGCUGUGUCCGAAGGCACUAAGGCUGUUACUAAGUUCACCAGUUCUUAGUUUCCAAACAUCUCAAAU